AUGGCAGCGACGUGGCAGGCUCGGGCGUUUGUAUCACCGCAGGUUACGAUCGUGAGCAAUGGGUACGACGCUGUUAGUGGCACCCAUAUUAAUGGACGUGCAGGUGGGUUAUGCUUUGCCCAAGAUGCCGAGAAGCGGAGAAUUGCGGACAAGGAGGACGAGGAGCUCCAGCCGAUCGAAAUCGUGCCUUGGCGCAUGCGUGAACGAAUGAAGACAAUGGAUGUUGCUCUGGUACUGUGUCUCAAUAUUGGCACUGACCCUCCUGACGUGGAGAAGGCGACACCGUGUGCGCGUAAAGAGUGCUGGGUGGAUCCGUUCUCGAUGCCGGCUAAGAAAGCUCUCGAGACGAUUGGCAACACAUUGCAAUCCCAAUAUGAACGCUGGCAACCACGUGCACGAUAUAAGCAGAGUUUGGACCCGACUGUGGAGAAGAUUCGAGAGUUGUGCGUGAAUCGACGACGUUUGGCUAAGCACGAUCGCGUGCUGUUCCACUACAACGGACAUGGGGUGCCUCGACCGACACAGAAUGGAGAGAUAUGGGUGUUUAACAAGAGCUACACGCAAUACAUCCCGCUGUUGGUGUAUGACUUCCAGUCGUGGGUUGGUACGCCAUCGAUUUACGUGUUUGAUUGCUCGGCGGCAGCAGUGCUGCUGGGUCACUUCACGUCACCACCGAUAAACCCCGCACAAUUGCAUGGAAGAAAUGGGAGCCCACCGGCAAAUGAAGCCAUUGUGCUUGCUGCUUGUUCUGCUGAUGAAAUACUACCGAUGAAUCCAGACCUCUGUGCAGACGUGUUUACCUCUUGUUUGACGACUCCGAUUACAAUCGCUUUGCGUUGGUUCAUUUCGCAGAACGAGCUCUCGAUGGCGCACCUUGAUGUAAGCUUUAUUGAACGUAUUCCUGGGAAGCUUGCAGAUAGGAAGACCCCGCUAGGAGAAUUGAAUUGGAUUUUCACAGCUAUCACCGAUACGAUUGCAUGGAACAUGCUGCCCCCUGAGUUAUUUCAGAAGUUGUUCCGACAGGACUUACUCUUGGCAUCGCUUUUUCGCAACUUCCUACUCGCCGAACGGAUUAUGAAGUCUGAAGGUUGUUCUCCAUGCUCUCUUCCAGCGUUACCACCAACGAGCCAUCACUCGCUUUGGCGAUCUUGGGACCUGGCUGCUGAAGUCUGUUUAAACCAGCUUUACAAGUUGUCGAAUCCGUACCCGAACGUCGAUAUGAGCUUUCAGCACUCACAAUUCUUUGCGGAUCAACUUACAGCAUUUGAAGUAUGGCUGCAGUUUGGUUCUGUCGAGAAUCCACCGCCUCAGCAAUUGCCGAUGGUCCUCCAGGUGCUCCUAAGCCAGGUCCAUCGUCUACGUGCGCUCGUGCUACUGAAGCGAUUUCUUGACUUGGGAUCGUGGGCAGUAAAUUUGGCACUUUCUGUUGGUAUCUUUCCAUACGUACUCAAGUUGCUUCAAUCUCCAGCAAGUGAACUUCGUCAAGUGCUAGUCUUUAUCUGGGCAAAGAUUUUGGCUCUCGAUUCCAGCUGUCAGGUUGAUCUUGUCAAGGACGACGGUCAUUCUUAUUUUAUAUCGCAUCUCGCUGCUGGACUUCACAACGGUGGAGGAAAUCAUAGUGCGUAUAGUGCAGCAGGCAGCGUGAUGCCGGGUGAGCAGAAAGUGAUGGCUGCCUUUAUAAUUUCGAUGAUCUGCAACGGUUACCUGCCUGGCCAAAAGAGCUGCUUACCUCAGUACUUGCACAAGAUUUGCAUCAAUCUGCUACAGGAUCCUGAGGAAGAUGUGCGCAAGUGGGUUUGUUUGUGUAUGGCCAAAUUGUGGGAAAACUUCGACGAUGCGAAGCGAAUUGCAGUAGAAGAUCAGGCUCCGCGAAUACUUGAUACAAAGCUCCGUGAUGACCGUCCAGAGGUGCGUGCCGCCGCUGCCUACGCGCUUGGCACUUUAGCUGGCUUCCAGUAUGACCCAAAUACAAGUGGAAAGCAUAUCGACUCGAGUCGCGUCGAUGAUUUUCUUCGGCAACGGGCCCAUGAUGAUAUCAUAGUAGCUUUAGCGCUGUUGCGGGGGUGUCAAGAUGGAUCCCCGUUGGUGCGAAAGGAAAGCGUGCUGGCUCUGGCAAACGUUAUCUUGCACAAGUAUCAUCAGCCACGUUUUGAGUCCGUCGCCAAGCAUUAUAAGAAUCAAUCACUGGGUGGUCCAGCAUCUCCCGCAACCGGUUACGAAUAUUUUACAGCUAAUUCGGUUUCUCAAAGUGAUAUUGAUGCGUUGAGUGUGAAGGAGGAUACGACUGAUGGUGAUAUGCCGGCAGGCAAGUACUUACGUGAUGAUAUUGGAGCGGACGCCAGACACUAUGCUCAGAUCUGGCACGUACUUAAGGAGAUGCAAUCGAGGGAUCCAUUUCCACCUGUGGUGGACGCUGUGAAAGCAAUUGUUAGUUUUGUGAAUGCAAGCAUCUUAAGAGCGGAGCAAGAUCAGCUACUUGAAAACAGUCAAGGUGGAUGUGCUUUGGCUUCUCCCGUUCGAAGUAUGGAUACUGGAAAUUUCACGAUAAUGCGUGCGGAAAGGAGUCCUGGCGCUAGUGCUCAAUUUCGACGAGAAGGGUCACUUUCGAAUUUCUGCAAUAACCAAGCCCGGCAAAGCAAAGAACAACGACCAGGAGGAGCCAUUACAGAAAAUGCCGUCCAUCUUGUGAACUCUGAGCAAAACAACUUGACCCGAAAUCCAGAAACACCGAUGCAAACUGCCGCACCUGUCGUCAAAGGAUUGCGUUCAGCCAUAUCAGUAGGCAAUUUUCACCAAUAUCGGGAAACUUUUCAACAAAGUUCCGGGAACAUGUUAGACGCUGAGGUUGAUCACCCCACGCCGACAGUGAGCACGGGCAACAAGACAGUCCAAGGACGGCAUCUCGAACCGGGCCUAUUACAGAUGACAGCUAGCUACGGAGUUUCAAUGAGCGGGCUUUCUAACAAAGGUAGUACGGUUCAUACAGUGUCUGCCCCUAUUGCGCUGGACCGGUAUGGCCGUCAUGAGGACUUUCCACUUUGUCUGGUGUCAACGUUCUACGAGCGACACAAAGCCCACUUUAAUGGACCGAUGCUGGAACCUGUGCAUGAAGAUGAAGACCCGUUGAGCGAGAAAGGCGCUGAAAGGUGGGACCGUUGCCGCCGCUACAACCGCAUUCGAGAUGCAGCAAAAAAACUUGCACCAGGCUUUGCUACCAUUCAGGGAUCGGCAGAAUCAACUACAACUCGGGACGCUGGGAUAGGGCUGCGAGAUGCCAGCCCGCGACAUCCUUCUCUUCGCUCUCCGAGUGAAUAUGACGUCAGGCGCCGUGUCUCAACUCAGGGUGGUGAAGAAGAAGUGAAGGGAUUCACGUUAAGUCUCCGUCAACGUGCUGUACUGAAUAGCGACGCAGAGAUGACAUCGCUACUUCUUUUCCACCCGUAUGAGACGAUGCUCCUUGCUGCUGACGAGAAAGAUCAGAUCUCGCUGUAUAACUUUGAGGAGACAGAGUCGAAGGUGCUGAGUUUUGGCAACGAUAACCCACCUGGAUCUCGAUUGACAUCACUGAACUGGAUCAAUGAAACGGAAGAGAGUCUUUUGACAUGUGGCUCUGACGACGGUGUGGUCAAAAUCUAUCACGGUUUGCACCGUCCUCACCCAUCGAUAGGGUCUCCAAAGUUGCUUUCAGCCUUUGUCGCUGUGUCUGAUCUUGUACCCGGAACGCGUGGAUCAGGUCUUGUGAUGAAUUGGCAGCAAAAUGCUGGCAUGAUGUAUGCAGGCGGCAACUCCAGCAUGCUUCGGGGUUGGGACUUACGCCAAGAAAAAUGCACCAUGUCACUUUCUACUCAAACAGAUUCUUGCAUCACAAGUAUGACAAGUGAUGAAAGCGUACCAGGAAUGGUGGUGGCUGGCUUUGGUGAUGGCACCCUUCGGGUUUUUGACUCGCGAAGCAAACCAGACUAUGCUGUCAAGGUAGUGAUGAAGGAGCACGCAUCCUGGGUGGUGCAGACACAUAUAUACCCGGGUCGUAACGAGCUUCUCACAGGGUCCGUCACAGGUGAGCUGAAGUUUUGGGAUAUGCGGUAUCCGAAGAACAGCGUCAGGUCUCUCGAAGCGCAUCGAUCUCCGAUGACUGCUCUUGCAAUUCAUGACUACGCUCCGAUAUUUGCCAGUGGAUCCCACAAUCAAUUUAUCAAGGUGUUUCGAAGCGAUGGCGAGCAGUUGGCACUCAUCCGCUACCACGAAGGUUUUCUGGGCGAGCGAAUCGGUCCCGUUUCGUGCUUAGCCUUCCAUCCGCAUCGACUAAUUUUGGCUGCAGGUGCAACUGACUCGGUGGUUGCUGUAUACUCAAGUGACAAGUAA